GCCGUUGGCGGUUAGCAGGCGGCUCGGAGCGGGACCCUUAAACAUAAAAACAGCUCACCGUGUGCUCUUGUCAGCUCCGGGAUGACACCUUACUAACCUAACUCUGUAUUAAGGUUAUUUUCUUGAAUAUGAGUGCGCUGGCAGUGUGUUUUAAACGGUAUAGCUAGCUAGACCGGUGCUCAGUUAGGAUUUGUUUUCGGUUCUCUUGGCUACAAACUAACUUAACGUUAAAGUAUCACAUAUCGCGAUGCCCGUGAACUCUUGAUUAACUACGUUACUCUCUAAUCUCAUGUAAUCUGGCUCUCUCGCCCUUGCUAGUCAACCUUAGCUAGCAAAAAAAAAAGAGGACACAAAGUCAGGACAACAACAACACAAAAUGCCUCCCAAGAAGCAACAUCUGAAGCCGACGGCAGCCAACGUCUCCAGCUCCCUGGACCUGGAGUCGGAGGACAUCAGCCUGGAGACGACCGUGCCGACCACGGAGGAUGUCUCGUCGUCCGACGAGCAGCGGGACGGCUCCCAGAAGGUGACCCGCCAGCUGAUCGAGAGGAAGGAGCUGCUGCACAACGUCCAGCUUCUGAAAAUCGAGCUUUCUCAGAAAAACCUCAUCAUAGACAACAUGAAGGCCGACCAUAUGUCCAAGAUUGAGGAGUUGGAGGAGAGGCUGAAUGAUGCUCUGCACCAGAAACAAGUGUUUGCCCUGAGACUGGACAGUCAGCUGAAACUAGCUCAAGAGGAGAACAGGAAGCAGCAGGCUCUGCGUAAGCAAGAGAUGGAGGCCAUCCUGCUCAGGCAGCAGCAGCUAGAGGAGACCAACAGACAGCUGUGUGAGAAGGCUGGAGAGCUGCGGUGGUCUCUCAGGGAUCUGGACAUCUCCCAGGAAAGGUACCGGGAGCUACGUGACCUCCCUGACGACAAAAUCUCCAUACAGGAGUACGUAGCUAUGCGUUUUUAUGAGGCGGUGACUCCUCUGCGGACUCAGCUAAAUGAGCUCACUGUGAAGAGAGGCAGUUUGAACGAAGAGCUGGAUACACACAGAACUCAGAUGAAGGCUUUGAUGGAGAGCUACGAGGAGGAGCGGCGGCUACGUACAGAGCUGGAGUUGAGGAGCCAGAGACUGACCCUCGAACUGGCCGAUACCAAACAGCAGAUCCAAGAAGGAGACUAUCGCAGAGACAACUACCCAAACAUCAAACGUGAGCGUGACAUCUUUGAAGCAGAACUAAAGGAGUUAACGAGAAGAUUUGAGACACUAGACCUGACCCAGACUGCACUGACCAGAGAAAGGAACACACUCAGCAAAGAGGUGGCGACAUUGCAGCAGUCAGUGACUCUCCUGCAGAAGGACAAGGAGUACCUACACAGGCAGAACAUGGAGCUCAGUGUGCGCUGUGCACAUGAAGAAGACCGGCUGGAGAGGCUGCAGGUACAGUUAGAAGACACUAAGAAGGCUAGAGAGGACGCCUACGAAAAAUAUGUUGCAUCCAGAGACCACUAUAAGUCAGAGUACGAGACCAAGUUGAGAGAGGAGUUGGAGAACAUCCGGCUGAAAACCAGUCAGGAGAUAGACAACCUGCAGAGAACCUCCAGGGAGAUGUAUGAAAGAGAGAACAGGAACUUGCGUGAGGCCAGAGACAAUGCGGUGCUGGAGAAGGACAGAGCAGUGGCUGCUGAGAGAGACACUCAAUCCAGAUAUGACCAAAUGCUGGAACAGUUUCGUCAGCUCCAGCUGGGUACUGACAGCCGGGUAGCAGAACUGUCCAACCAGGCCAAGCUGCAUGCCUUCGAAGCUGAGCGUGCUCAGAUGGUGAAGGAAGAGACAGCUAAGGCCCUGGCCCAGUGUCAGGUGGAGUGUGAGAAACAACAGAAAAAACUGGAGCUCCUGACCCAGGAGUUUUACAGGCUGCAGACGUUAUCAGAGAAGCGGUCGGCGGAGCUGCAAGCUCAGAAUGCCGAGCAAGCGUCUCGGCUGGAGACGUAUGAAAAGCUCGAGCAAGAGUUGGACCAAGUCACCAUGCAGGCUGCCGAAAUUGAGAAUGAAGAGGAGGCAGAGAGAGUUCUGUUCUCAUACGGCUAUGGAGCCAAUGUCCCCACAACGGCUAAAAGAAGACUAAAACAAAGCGUUCACCUGGCCCGCAGGGUGCUGCAGCUCGAGAGGCAGAACACGUCACUGAGGAGAGAGCUGGAGAGAGACAAGUCACAGACAGGACAGAUAUCUGAGGAGUUGCUGGCAGCCAACCAACUCUUACAGCAGACGCAGCAGCCCUAUAGCUACCUGAUCGAGACGGUGAGACAAAGGGAUGCACAGAUCGGUGCGAUGAAGGAGCGUAUCACCUCACUUGAGGACGAUGUCAGUUCUCUGAGGAAAGAACGGACUGCUCUACAGCAGGUGAAAAACAACAUGGCCGCUGAUCUGGAGAGACUCCUCAACCAUCGAGAGGAGUUGGCGGUGAUGAAGCAGGUCCUGAUCAGCAUGCGGUCCGGACAGGGAGACUCUCUAAACCUGUUGGAAACCCAUAAAACUGCUAUCAGGACCUCCGGUGCGGGAAAACACCAGUCCAAACGUAUCAACAAGACCACAGAAGAAGAGUCGCCAAACAAACCCAAGCCCACUGUGUUUACCAAUAAAGAAGUUCCUGAUUGGUACCAAAGGCUGAAGCAGAAACCCAAAUGAACAGUAAUUUCUGUUCCUACUGGUGCUAUUAAUUUGUCACUCAGAGCUUUAACAAUUGUAUGUUUUAUUUAGGCGUUUGUAUUUUAAAAUAGUAAAUUAAGCUUCUUUUAAAAUUUCAACAACUUUUGAAAUACAAAAGCACAAAGUUA